GCUGCAACAAUGGGCUCAAGCAUAGCAACGAUUGUGGGGUGGCGCAGGACCGGGCAGUGUUUCGUUCUGUUGUGCACGGCGUUGCUAUGAGUUGGAGCUGACUCAGCGGCACCUAACAACAGCGGCAACACAGUUGUAAUUGCUUUAAUAGUCAUUGUUAACCAGUUGCCGCCGUAUGGAUCCCAACUCAUGACAACUCCAUGUGUUUCAGAGUACAAGUACCCUCUGUAUGGUUUUCAUGGCCGUGACCUUUCGGAAAUAAAUCUCCAGGCCUUUCUUUCGAGCUGCCUCUGAGCGGGCUCAACCACCAACCUUCUGUUUAGUAGCUCGGUACUUAACUGUUUUCACUAUCCAAGGAGUCCAACAACAAUAGUGUUAUGAUGAGCAUCUCCAACUGACUUGGAGGAGGGUGAGUAAGUGGUGGGGGGGGACAGCGGGAGAAGCGUUAGAGGCCCCAGGAGGAGAGUGUCCACCCCUUCUCCGGAAUGAGGAAGGAGAGCCCAGCGGAAACCGCCGGGACCCAGACUGCUGUUGGGGUUUUUUCUUGACGCCACCCCGCCCUCGCCGGGGGCACCCAUCUCACCUCUUGGGGUGCCUUUCACCCAGCAACCUGUCUGGCUGGGUCUGGGCAGGUCUAGUGAUGGGCGGGGAGCCCUGAGCCUCCCCACCUCUCCUGCCCCUCCUCUGGCCCCUCCCUGUUCCCAGACUCAAGCGCCUCUGAGUUGGGCUCCCCGGAAGCCUGAGACAAGGAAGUCAGGGGACCUGGGGGGGUGACCCCCAAGAAGGCAUCUCCUUUGCAUGCGGCUGCCUGGAGCCCUCCCUGGAACCAGCCAGCGUGGGGUGCCCUCCCCGUGGGGGCCGGGGGGCCAUGCCGCCUGGCACCCUCUGAGGCCCACACCAUGGCCCGGGCGCUGACCUGGCGCUGCUGCCCCUGGUGCCUGACGGAGGAUGAGAAGACGGCUGUCCGGAUCGACCAGGAGAUUAACAAGAUCCUUCUGGAACAGAAGAAGCGGGAUCGUGGGGAGCUGAAGCUGCUGCUGCUGGGCCCCGGCGAGAGCGGGAAGAGCACAUUCAUCAAGCAGAUGCGGAUUAUCCACGGGGCGGGCUACUCGGAGGAGGACCGCCAGGGCUUCCGGCCACUGGUCUACCAGAACAUCUUCAUCUCCAUGCAGGCCAUGAUUGAGGCCAUGGACCGGCUGCAGAUCCCCUUCGGCAGGCCUGAGAGCAAGCACCACGCCAGCCUGGUCAUGAAGCAGGACCCCUACAAAGUGACCACAUUCGAGAAGCGCCAAGCACUGGCCAUGCAGUGGCUGUGGAAGGACCCGGGCAUCCGCACCUGCUAUGAGCGGCGGCAUGAGUUCCACCUGCUGGACUCAGCCAUGUACUACCUGUCCCACCUGGAACGCAUCACUGAGGAGGGCUACAUCCCCACGGCACAGGAUGUGCUCCGCAGCCGCAUGCCCACCACUGGCAUCAAUGAAUACUGCUUCUCUGUGCAGAAAACCAACCUACGGAUCGUGGACGUCGGGGGCCAGAAGUCGGAGCGCAAGAAGUGGAUCCACUGCUUUGAGAACGUGAUUGCACUCAUCUACCUGGCCUCGCUGAGCGAGUACGACCAGUGCCUGGAGGAGAACAACCAGGAGAACCGCAUGAAGGAGAGCCUGGCCUUGUUCGGCACCAUUCUGGAACUGCCCUGGUUCAAAAGCACAUCUGUCAUCCUCUUCCUCAACAAGACUGACAUCCUUGAGGAGAAGAUCCCCACCUCCCACCUGGCCACCUACUUCCCCAGUUUCCAGGGACACCUGUGCCUUUCAUGGGACAUCUGGCUAGUAGAGUUGCCUCCACCACCUCCUCCCCAUGGCCAGGGGCCACCAUUGUCUCGGGCCUCACCACCACCCUGGGGGUACCUCGAACAUAACAGGAAAUUUCAAACAACAGGAAACAGCCGGGGCAAGGCAGUAGCUCCACCCUGCCCGGCCCAGCCACACCGGGCGGCAGUCUGCCCCGGGCCCGCUAUGAAUGCUACAGGGUACCCGGUGGUGGCCCCUGAGUUCUGCCAGCAGCUGGCAGACGAGGGGCACAGCCGGCUCAUCCUGCUGCACUAUAACCACUCGGGGCGCCUGGCCUGGCGCGGGGGGCCUGAGGACAGCGGCCUGGGGGCCCUGCGGGGCCUCUUCGUGGCUGUGAGCUGCUUGGUGGUGCUGGAGAACCUUCUAGUGCUGGCUGCCAUCACGACCUGUAUGCGGUCCCGGCGCUGGGUCUUCUACUGCCUGUUCAACAUCACGAUGAGCGAUCUGCUCACAGGUGUGGCCUACCUGGUCAACGUCUUGCUCUCGGGCGCCCGCACCUUCCACCUGACACCCACCAUGUGGUUCUUUCGGGAGGGCCUGCUCUUCACAGCCCUGGCCGCGUCCACCUUCAGCCUUCUGUUCACCGCCAGCGAGCGCUUUGUGACCAUGGUGCACCUGGUGGCCGAGAGCCGGACCACGAAGAAGGGUCGAGUCUUCAGCUUCAUCUUUCUGUGCUGGCUGUUGGCCGCGCUGAUGGGGCUGCUGCCAAUGCUGGGCUGGAACUGUGUGUGCACCUUUCAGCGCUGCUCCAGCCUCCUCCCGCUCUAUGCCAAGGAGUACAUCUUCUUCUGCGUGGUCGUCUUCGCCCUCAUCCUGGCUGCCAUCACCGUGCUCUACGGUGCCAUCUUCAGGCUGGUGCGGCUCAACGGUCGCCAGGCCCCGCGGUCCCGCCGGAUGCUCCGCACCGUGCUCAUGAUCCUGGUGGCCUUCAUCGUGUGCUGGGGACCGCUCUUCUGCCUGCUGCUGGCCGACAUCUUCGGCUCCAACAUCUGGGCCCAGGAGUACCUGCGGGGCAUGGACUGGAUCCUCACGCUGGCCGUGCUCAACUCUGCAAUCAACCCCAUCAUCUACUCCUUCCGCAGCCGCGAGGUGUGCAGGGCUGUGCUGGCCUUCCUGUGCGGGGGCUGUCUGUGGCUCGGCAUUCGAGGCCCUGGGGACUGCCUGGCCCGCGCCGCCGAGGCCCACUCCGGCGCCUCCACCACUGACAGCUCGCUGAGGCCCAGGGACAGCUUCCGGGGCUCCAGGUCGCUCAGCUUCCGCAUGCGGGAGCCCCUGUCCAGCAUCUCCAGCGUCAGGAGCAUCUAGGGCCAAGGCGGGGGUGACAGGACAGCCGCCAGGCGUGUGCCUACGCGGUGUCCUCCUUCGGCAGAAGAGGGGGGCCUGGGGCCAGCGGGUUCAGGAGAGGCGUGCGAGAGAAGGGGUCUGCCGGGCCCUGAGGCCCUCCGGAGGCCUCCCCUGAUACCGAGCAGGUUUCCGGUCGUCUCCGUGGAGGAGAGGACUGCGCGUUGGAGUAGAGAGCACUCCGGAGGCGGGCCAGUGGGUUUGCCUGCAGCCCGGCGCCUGUGUGAUUCUGGGGAGUCCUGGCCCCAGGCUGCGAGGGGCAGGCUGUGGGUUUGAUGCCCUGGCAACAAUGACAUUCGAUGACGGUAUGACAUGCCGAGGUCUCCCUCUUAUUCAUGCGUGUGUGUGCGUGCUGAGGGGCCAUGUGUGGGGCCGAGAGCCGGCAGCGUGCGGGUGGGUGUGGCCCCAGCCGGAGGGUGGGCAGUCUGGGCUUGGGGGUGUGACUGUGAGGACAAGGGGGCGUGGGGGUGCGUGCGUCUGCGAGUGGAUGGGUACCCUCCCUCGCGUGUGAGAGAUGGAGACGGAGAGGGACAGGAGAGAGACAGAGAAGGAGGGAAAGAGAGAAAGAGGGGGAGAGAGGGACAGGGAGAGAGGGAGAGACAGGCAUCUGGGGCGCCGUGUGUUUCUGACUCUGUGUGAGUGCGUCUGUGUGUACGAUGUUUCUGAACGUGUGUGCUUAGGCGAACUAGUACCUCGGGGUGUGCCCGUGAGUGUGUGCCCUGAGUGUAACAUAAAUAGUAGACAAUGUUCAUAUGUCUGCGUGUGCACAGACACCUGCGUGUCGGUUCUCUCGUGCGAGGGCGUGUGUGCGUGUGUGUGCACACGGGCGUGUGCAUGCCUGUGUGCGUGUAUGUCAGCACGUGUUGUGCAUGCAUGUUUGGGUGCGUGUGCAUGUGUGUCACCAAUCACUCUCACCAUGUGUCUGGUCCGGCCGUUGGAGACUUCCCAGGCCCGCCCCUUCUAGCUCACUUCCCCUUUCCCUUCCCCUCCCCUGACCUCAGGCUGGGGGCCCCCAGGCUCCUCCCCCACCCCCCAGGAGUUGUCCAGCCAAUUUUUCACAAACUGAAGCUAAAUUGGUCCGCGGGCUCUGGUCUCUGUCUUUCCAGGUCUCAGCCUGGGAACUGGCAGAGGGGCUGCCUGGCCCACCUGGCCUGGGGGAAUCUGGCCCACUCUUCUAGCUUUCCCUUCAGUGCCAUCUGUAAAAUGGGCUCGUGGCAGCACCUAUGACCCGAGGUACACACCCAGAGCUGGUCAUUGUGCUGGGCUUUCAGUGGUCCCAUAACAUGUCCUGCGAUGUCCCGUACGGCAGCCACCAGCCUGUGUGUGUGACUGCUGAGCACUUGACAGGUGGCCAGGGCAACUGAAGAACUGAACUUUUAACUUUAUUUAAUGUCCAUUAAUUUAUGUUUAAAUAUCCCCAUGUCGUUGUUGCUGGGUGCUGUGGGGUCUAUUCCAACUUACAGCAACUCCAUGUGACAGGGUAGAACUGCUCCAUGGGGUUUCCAAGGCUGUAAUUGAUCCUUACGAGAGCAGAUUGCCAGGUCUUUCUACCGUGGAGCCACUGGGCGCCUGCACUGUCUGUCAUUCUUCACUCGACUGUCACCUGCCCAUCCUCCAAGUCUCAGCUGAGGCACCACCUCCUCCGUGAAGCCUUCCCCAGUUUCUCCUCCCUAGGCCUCCUCUGGGCUCCCUCAGCUGCCUAUGCACCCCCUAUUGUGGCUCUGCCUGGCCUGCGUCUUCUCUCAUUUUCCUCCUGAUUGCUGCCUUCUCAACCUUCAGGUCUCAGCUGAAGUACCACCUCCUUCAGGAAGGCUCCCCUGAUUUCCUCUCCUCCCUAGGCCUCCUUGUGGCUCCCCCAGCUGCCUGUGUGCCCCCCCAUUAAGGCUCUGAUAUCCCCUAGUUAUAUAUCCACCUCCUCCAGUGGACUGUGAGUUCCAUGAGGUGGAGACUGUAGCUUUGUCUUGGUCAUCUCUGUGUCCCCGGCACCCAGCCCAGCACACAGUAGUCGCUCAACAGCCAGAGCUCUGGGAGAACUGCACCCAGCAGCCCGCCUGUGGCUGAGCCUUGGAAGUCUCUUUCUUCUCCUCCUUCUCCACUCAGCCUCUUUCCUGGUGGCAGCAGGACUGUCCUCAAGAGCCCUGACUUGUGCUGGCUGGAAAACUCAGUGGCUAACAAUGACCCCUGUGCUGGCAUCUGUAACAAUUGCUGCUCCUUAGCUCUGCCACAAACCAUGGGCCUCAGUUUCCUUAUCCGUAAAAUGGGAAUGGUGGUAGCCCCUGCCCUCCUGGGUUGCUGUGAGGAUUUGGCAAGAUCGGGCACAUAAAGACCCUGGCACUUAGCAAGUGUUCACGAAAUGGGACGUGUGCGCGUAUGUUUUAAAGAAUAACAAUAACGACAAACCCUUAUGUAUUGCCUGGUGCCUGGCAUUGUUCUAAGCAGUUUGUAUUAACUCAUUUAAUCCUCAUGAAACCCCUAUAAGGUGCUGUUAUGGGUUGAAUUGUGUCCCCUAAAAAGAUACGCUGGAGUCCUAACCCCCGGUACCUGUAAAUGUGACCUUGUUUGGAAACAGGAUCUUUGCAGAUGGUAUCGGUUAAAUUCACAGGAUGUCAUACUGAGUAGGGUGGGCCCUAAUCCCACCUGAGUGGUGUCUUAUGAAAAAGGAGAGGGGACUCAGGGAAAAAGAGAAGGCAGACAACCACGCGAAGGUGAACCUGCGAGCCUAGGAAUGCCUCGGGCCACCAGAAGAUGGAAGAGGCAAGGAAGGACCCUUCCCUAGAGCCUUCUGAGGGAGCGCAGCCCUUCCAAUGCCCUGAAUUCUGAUUUCUGGCCUCCAGAACUGUGAGACAAUAAACUUCUGUUGUUUAAAGCCACCCCCUUUGUGGUUCUUUGUUAUGACAGCCUUAAAAAGCUAAUGCACGUUGUUACUGUUAGACGCUCCCAAGUUGACUCCGACUCAUAGCCACCCGGGGCAGAUUACCCAGUACGCACGGUGUGCACCGCUUUGCAUUGAGCAAGGUACGAAGGUACGAAAUUGUAUUUACUUGCUAAUCUGUGGUGAGCAAUUUCACACGGGUUUCAUCAUAUAGUUGACGUGGUAGUGGACAGGUGAAAUUAUGCACUGCAGAUCGGUGGGAAGGCACAAUUGGGCCAGUGCAUACCUUGCUUAUUAGGUAAUCUGGCCCUGAAGCCACCCCACGUAUAACAGAAUGAAACGUUGCCUGGUCCUGUGCCAUCCUCAUAAUUGUUGCUGUGUUUGAGCCCAUUGUUGCAGUCGUUAUGUCAACCCAUCUCAUUGAGGAUCUUCCUCUUUUUCUCUGACUCUCUGCUUUACCAAGCAUGAUGUCCUUCUCCAGGCAUUAGUCCCUUCUGAUAACAUGCAUUAGAAUGCUCCUUGGAAGCAAGGAACACAGGUACGUACCGCCAUUAACCCCAUUUGAAAGAUGGAGAAACUGAGGCACAGAGAGGUAGUCAGGUGACUAGCCUUAUGCAGGUAAGAAGAGAGGUCUCAAGCCCUUUUAGGAGGCAACCAUAUUAGAGCCUGGGCUGUCAACUCGCUGAGGGCCAGAGCUGCAAUCUUCUGCAUCCUCCAGCCUCAGUCUUCCCAUCUGUACAAGGGGUGGAGUGGCUGAUAGUCUUUAAGUACCACUGGUCCUGAGACCUGGAUUCCUAGAGAUGCCGAAGUGUCUUAGUUAUCUCGUGCUGCAUAACAGAAACACCAUAAAUGAUGGACUUUAACAAACAGAAAUUUAUUUUCUCACAGUUUAGGAGGCUACAAGUCUGAAUUCAGGAUGUCAGCUCUGGGGGAAGGCUUUCACUCUGUCGGCUCUGGAGGAAGGUCCUUGUUCCUUUCAGCUUCUGCUCCUGGGCAAUCUUCAUGUGUCUUGGCAUCUCUCUUCCCCCAUCUCUGCUUCUCUCACGCCUGCUUACUCUCUUUUAUAUCUCAAAAGAGAUUGACUCAAGACACACCCUAUAUUAAUCCUCUUAUUAACAUAACAAAGACAGCUCAUUCCCAAACGGGAUAUAACCACAGGUAUACCCUGUUAAAAUCAUUGCCGCACGUCUGGGGUCUUAAACGCUAGCAAGUGGCCACCUAAAAUGCAUCAAUUGGUCUCAACCCACCUGGAUCAAAGGAGAAUGAAGAAUACCAAGGUGUCGGGGACAGCCCCAGCAAGGAAAGACCCUCGCUGCACAUCCUGGCAGAUAAUCUGAAGAACUGACAAAUAGCCCUUUCCAGACUCAUACGUUCAGGGAAACUUACUGGCACGGGCAAGCUGCUGCUCUCCAGUGGCGGCCGGCUGGAGUAUUUUCCACAACCACCUGGCAAGGGACCCAAGCUUAUAUACCAUUCCAGCUGGGACCAAGGUUCAUCGUUUUCUCCCACGUCCUUGGGCAGUCAGUGUUCCCAGGGACUUCAUGUCCAGGCCCAGAUGUUUUCCUUCUUGUUGCUACGGCAUUCUUUGGCCUUGGCCACUGGCCCAGUCAUGCCACUCCCGGCCUUGUACAUUAGCCCAAGUCCAUCCCGAAUUCAACCCCAGCACGCUUCAGGGGAGAGCAAAGCUGAUUCCAUUAGGGGAGGAUGCAUAUAGCUGAAUAACAUUACCUUACAGUCCACCCCUGCAUACCCUCCUAUUGUCCUUACCAUCUUACGGCCCCCUCUUCUGUGAUAGCCCUCGGACUUGGCAUGCAGAGGAGCGUUGCAAAGCCAGACCACAUUCUCAGUAUAACCAGCAACACAGGAACAGACAUAGUAGUAAGAGUCCCAAUAUCACCCAGAAGCCUGUGCGCCAGGCGGACGGGAGGGAUUGCAGCCAGCUGGAGACAGGGUCAGCAGCGUCAUGUUUGAUAGAAGUGUGGUGUUGCUGCAAGUCCUACAGAGCCAAAGACGCAUUUUUAGAGGCAUCGGGGCUAUACAUGCAACAUUCAACUUUUAUCAUGGCAUAGGUGCCACCAUAGGUGGCAGUCAGGAUGUCAAGGGCCAUCCUACUCUGAAGGACGACCUUCCGUAUUUGUUGAGUCACCCUAUUCAGAAGGGUGCUAGCCCACCUGGUGGUGUUAAGUGCAGCUGUGGUGUGUCUGGCUAGCACCCCUACCUGCCAGUCCACAUCUACAGUGGUGGCCUGGGAUGAGAACAGGGACGAGGGGCAAAACCACCACGAUGCGCACUGGUAUCUGUGCUGGACUGUUACAGUUUGCCAGUUGUGGUGUAAAUACCAACAGCUAUGUACAGCCGCCCAGGUGCAGUUCCCCACCCAGUUGUAGGGCAGUUAUGGCCACCCAUGGAAGCCGCAUGUCCAAAGCCACCCUUGGGUGAUGGGCAUGCCCCUGCCCAUAGGCUUUGCUUUUGCUUCCCUAACCAACUAUUGGCAACAACUAGCAGGGUUCUAGCACACUGUUAUUGGGGGUCCAACCCAUCACUCUGAGGGGACAAGAGGUAUUAGUCCCAUUCCGAUGCUCCCAGUAAAGGGAAGCUUGGCCCUUUAUAAGGACUUGCUUCCACCUGCAGUCAGGCAUUAUACACUGCGCAUGACUUUCUCCAACAUGCGGUACCUCUCUUCCGCUCCACGCCACAACCGGGACCGAAUUCCCAGUGGCACUCUCUCAUUGCUUUGCUGUGGCCACAGGCCCUACCCGUACCCCUCGGGGUAACAGGGUAUGUCCAGUUGGCACGGCUGACCUUGUAUUAACACUCCUAAAGCCUGUAUUUGUUUUCCAGCGAACUUCGCCUGCUGGAAGGCCUCCUCUUCCUUUGUCUCUCAGUCCCACACUGCCCUUUUUUCACAUUCUCUGUCUCUCUUCUUAUACCCUCGCUUUCUAGAACUCUUCCUAGUUUCACUUGUCUCUCUCUCUCAUUCUCUUCCCCUCUAGCCCCCCAUAUCGCUUUCUCAUCCAAUCUUUUUGUUUCUCUCCUUCAGUCUCACUUCUUUUUUCGCUAACCUAUAUAGGGGCCGUAGGGUGUGGGCUAUGUGGGGUACUAAGGGGUGCUAGUACCCCAAGAACAGGAGCCCGUCAAUUGCCUGUAGUUGCUUCACAGUUUCUGGGCAUGGGUAGGCUUGGACUUUAUCUAUCGCUGCUUCAGGCAUCACUUGUGUCUUACCCAACUACAAAACACCCAAGUACCUGACCGACACACCAGGCCCCUGCGUUCUUCCCUCAUUCACUGCCCAUCCCCGCAACUGGAAGUGCAUGACUACUUCACUAACUGCAGUCUGCAAAGAAGCAAACAGUCAAAGGUCAGCAUGACAUCAUCAAUAUAGUGGAAUACAGCCACCUCAGCAAGGGGAAUCCACCACUUGAGGUCAGUGGCAACCACGCCAUGGCAUAUGGUGGGACUGCGCAGGUAUCCUUGUGGGAGCACGGUGAAGGCCCACUGCCUCACUUCCCGACUGAAGGCAAACUGGUCCUGGCUGUCUGGGUGUAGAGGGAUGCUAAAGAAAGCAUUAGCCAAGUGGUAAGUGUCCAAUGCCUCCCCCAUUUGCCCCAUCAUCUGCGCGAUGUUGAGUACAGCUGCAAACAAGAGGGGAGCCACCUUAUUCAAUUCCCAGUAGUCUACCGUCAUUCUCCAGGAGCCGUCCGGCUUGUGCAUUGGCCAGACAGGACUAUUGAAGGGGCUCUCGGCUGGUCUCAGAAUCCCCACUGGGUGUAGCUCCUUCACGGCCUCAGUGAUUUCUUGGUGCCCACCAGGGAGGCAGUGCUGCUUAAGGGCCAUGACCUGAGCUGGGGAGUGCAACUGCACAGGGAACCAUUUAGCAUUACCCUGUACUACAGGUUUUACGGCUUUCACUUGCAGGCAGAACUCACCGGAGGUCUGCAGCUCCAGCCCCAACAAGGUAUCUCUGCCCAGAAUGAAUUCCAGUAUCAGGGCAUGGGAAGGCCUUUGGGGGUAGCCUUCUAAGCUGCAGCACUAGUUUGAUUUGCUGCACCCUGACACCCCCACCCCCGUAUCCAUCGAUAGCUGUUUAGUGGCCCUUUAAAGCUAUUUGGGUUACCAUACAUCAGGCUGCAUUCUGCCCCAGUGUCUACCAAAGUCAAAACAUGUUGCUUGUUGGUGAGGGUCCAGCGUAUGAUCAUUUCAAUGUGUGGCCUCCGGUCCCCUGUCACCCAGCGGAGGGCUUCCUGCACCUGCGGUGCACCUUGGCCACACCUCUAGUCCAGGGAUGAGGGAGAUUCCCACCCCUUGGUCGGGGAGCCUGAGGCUUGGCCUCCUCUCGUGGGCUCUGGUCAGAGCCUUUGCGGAACUCAGAUCUUUUGUCAGGAACAAUUUUACACCAAAGACACACAUUUUAUAGAAUAGACAGUUUGAUCAAACACACGGCACAAAUAAAUGCCCUUGCAGGGAACUGCUGCACUGAGACCCCAGACUGCUUGUCUGAGAUGCAUGGUCCGGGCUGGGGUUGUCUCCUCCCCUCCCAUCAGCCAUUUAAACCUGUCCAUUGAAGUGCUCAACUGCCCCUAUGUCUUGGGGUGAUAAAGAGUAUGAAGAGUUCGUUCAAGAUCCAGCGGAAGCCUCUGUAUAGGAUAAAAUGCCCCGAUACGAUUUACCUGCUGAGAACACCCUGGCCUGUUGGCUGAGGAAUCUGUCCCUGCACAGGUUUAGUCUUGGCCAGGGUCUUGUAGGCAGGUCAGCUUUCCUGUGCUAUCCAACGUUUUCUGAUGACAGUGGCAGUCCAUGCGUGUAGGGCAAGUCUAGGAGGGUGCGUGAAUUCCAUGGGCAGUCCUCUCUUACAUCCAGGAGGUGGUCGAUUGCACAUCUCUUUACCCUGGAGCAGACAAUGCUUCAGCCUCUGCAGUCAGCUGGUAAGACCGGUCUGCUCGUUGGCUGUUUUCCACUCUCAGCACAGGGGCUUUUCUGAUGACUAUCCACACAAGUAACAAAAGUUUCUCAGGAGCAGAACUGAUUUUGUUAUUUAUUUCGUCCAGAUGUCUCAUCUCUGUAGGGGAUUGCUUUAUAUGUCAGUCCGAGGGUUUUCAGCGGCCAGAUUGAAUGGCCAGGCUGUUAGCUAUAGCCCAUGUCACAGUUUCCUCAUGCCCCUCUAAAAAUGGCCCUAACUGCAGCAAUUCCCAUCAGGACUUGGAGGCAAAAGUCUACAAAGGUGUGCAUUAAUACAUCGACAUCAUCAGUACAUGCAGUAAGGAGUUGUAGGGGCCCCAAGGGACUUCUCCAUAGUCAGGCUGGGGUAAGUGUCUCAGUGAGAGUGACCUCAGGCCCAAAGUAUACCUCACUGGACUUUAAUUUUAACACAAGGCCUUUGCUCCUCGUUGGUAACAGAGGAAUUAGGCUUAAUCCUCAAUCUUAAUUAUUUCUGAAAGAUCUGGGAAAAGUUGGCAGAGCCCUCACUCAUUUAUGGGGCCACACCUCCAUCACACCAAGUGCAAGCGUGGGUCCAGCCCAGUUACCUGGUAACCUGGAGGUGGGCCCCCUCUUUUAGUUUUCCCCUUACCAUUGCAGCUACAGCUGGGUUGCUGUUCAGUUACCUUGGUGGGGGCAGCUGUCAGAGAAUUCUGAGGUCUCUUCAAGGUCGCUCAACACAAGCUAUCCUGACGGGCUUUUUACUCCUGUUUUUUCUUUUUUCCCUGCUGUUUUAACUCUUGCUUUGCACUGGGUGUUACAGGGCGUUCUCAGUGCCAGAGACCUGUUUAUCCCCUCCAAGUAGCUCCAGUCCCAUGCUCUACCGAUUGAGCUAGCCAGGCUUGGCUGGCCACCCCAGGAUUUCUCCCACAGAAAAGCAUACGGGCCAGACCUCCCCACAUAGAGGUCGUUGGCCACCCCAGGAUGUCCCCCGAAAAUGCCUCUUGCUUCCACAAACGGGGCACUAAUGUUUCAGGGGAGGAGGAGUAUGCUGCCCGCAAACCCUCCAGUUGUAGCUCUGCUUCCAGCUGCCUAGUUAGGGCCCUAGCGGCUGGCUCCGCAUCGGACGCCCCUCUCAGCGCUGCCAGUAGAAGCCACCCCACACAAGCCGCCUCGGUAUGGCAAUGUGGCUUUUGCUUUGGGGACUCCCAAGAAUAUCGCCAUGCCCACAACAGCAGCCACACAACUCCCGCAACCAAACCACGAACAACCUUUUCUUUCUCAGCAUGCAAAGGCUUUAGUAACUGCAACAAUCCCUGUGGCACUUUAGGGGUGUCCCCAUACUCAUGCACAGGUCCCCAGGCACCAACAGCCUGGGCUAGUGGUCCCAGGGUAUGCGUCCCUGGCCACCCUGGGAUUUCCCCCAGUGGAGCCCGCUUUUCCCCAUGCAUCUGGGAAGGCAUGGUGUGCCCUUCAGAUCCUGCUGACUGCGCCACUUGUCGGGGAACAGCCCCAGCAAGGGAAGACCCUCGCUGUGCAUCCUGGCAGAUAAUCCGAAGAACUGACACAUAGCCCUUUCCAGAUUCAUACAUUUAUUCAGGGAAACUUACUGACAUGGGCAAGCAGCUGCUGUCCAGUGGCGGCCGGCUGGAGUUUUUCCUCCACCACCUAGCAAGGGACCCAAGCUUAUAUACCAUUCCAGCUGGGACCAAGGUUCAUCGUUUUCUCCCACGUCCUUGGGCAGUCAGUGUUCCCAGGGACUUCAUGUCCAGGCCCAGAUGUUUUCCUUCUUGUUGCUAAGGCAUUCUUCAGCCUUGACCGCUGGCUCAGUCAUGCCACUCCCGGCUUUGUACCUUAGCCUGAGUCCAUUCCGAAUUCAUCCCCAGCAUGCUUCAGGGAAGACCAAAGCUAACUCCAUUAGGGAGGGAAUGCAUAUAGCUGAAUAGCAUUACCCUACACAAGGACACAAAGUGAUUACAAGCCUAAGAGACAGAAAUGGCCACAUAAACCAGAGACUACAUCAGCCUGAGACCAGAAGAGCUAGAUGGUGCCCAGCUACAACCGAUGACUGCCCUGACAGGGAACACAGCAGAGAACCCCUGAGGAAGCAGGAGAGCAGUGGGAUGAAGAUCCCAAAUUCUCAUAAAAAGACCAGACUUAAUUGUCUGACUGAGACUAGAAGGACCCCGGUGGUCAUGGCCCCCAGACCUUCUGUUGGCCCAGGACAGGAGCCAUUCCCGAAGCCAACUCUUCAGACAUGGAUUGGACUGGACAAUGGGUUGGAGAGGGAUGCUGGUGAGGAGUGAGCUUCUUGGAUCAGGUAGACACUUGAGACUAUGUUGGCAUCUCCUGCCUGGAGGGGAGAUGAGAGGGUGGAGGGGGUUAGAAGCUGGCGAAAUGGACACGAGAAGAGAGAGUGGAGGGAGGGAGCAAACUGUCUCAUUAGGGGGAGAGCAAUUGGGAGUAUGCAGCAAGAUGUAUAUAAGUAUUUGUGUGAGAGACUGACUUGAUUUGUAAACUUUCACUUAAAGCACGAUAAAAAUUUAAAAAAAAAGGUUUAUGCAAAAAAAAAAAAAAAAGAAAGAAAACAUUGCCGUAGUUGAUUCUGACUCAUAGUGACGCUAUAGGACUGAGUAGAACUGCCCCACAGAGUUUCCAAGUAGUGGCUGGUGGUUUGAACUGCUGACCUUUUGGUGAACCCCCAUAGCUUUUAAGCACUGCAGUGAGGUUACCAUUUACAACACAUAUUUCUGGGGGAUACAAAUUCAGUCCAUAACACCAGACUUACCAAACACAAAUACAGGACGCCCAGCUAAAUUUGAAUUUCAAAUAACAACGAAUAAUUAUUUAGUACAAGUAUGUCAAAAA